CAAAUGAAGUGACGAAGCACCCCUUCGCACUCAGAAUUUCGUGUGAGUAUUGCCUUUAGACGAGAACUCUCCAAGGAAUCUAUUUCUAACUACUCCUGUAGCCUUGCAACGUUUAAGUACUAACGUAGUAUUGUCUAGUCAAUCAUCAGCUUACUGCAGCUAAGAAGGACGGAGGUGGAGUCAAUUACAGCCCUGCGCACUCGCUUCUGUUUGAAUCGGUUUUGCGGAGCCGGAGUAUCGACGCGAUUUGCUCGAAGAAGGUUUGAACAAUAUGGCGCAGUCGAUCGUUGCAGUUUCUGCGGAUCGGCGCUCCAGCGGCAAAAAGUCUGAGCGACGGCAAGAGUGUCUUCCGAUACGAAAGGUCUUCGUCAGACCAGUCUUACUCUUCGGACUCGCAAAUUUGACAGAUGCACGGAAGCAGCACGGCAUCGCGAUUCAGACCAGGCGAAGCUUGCACCGCGGUCGCGAUAUCACACCACCCGGUCCUGUAUCGGAGCAUCGGGGGCCCGUACAACUUCGGCACGUUUCCGUGAACGCUACCGCCCCAAUUCUUGUUUCUACGUUGGAGGUCUGGGAGCCUGUGUCUCCCUACGUUUCAGUGAGCGCUGGCGCCCUGACUCUAGAGGCCAUGUGCCCGAAUUCAGGUGCAAAUCUGGAGAAACAUCAAGCCGGACGUGUUCUGCCUCGUACAAAUGUUUUCACGAUGGCCCCCUUUGACGCCCCAGAUUCCCUUUCCCGGGAAGACGCGGAAGCAAUGUUUCCUGGUUUGUUUGGCGAAUGGAACAACCAAACCGCCCAAGCUGCAGGCGACGGCCUGCCUUUCGGCGUGCGGCAUUUUGACCACGAAGCAGCAUGGCGCGCAGUGGAGCUGCUGUCGGAUUUUUUGCAUGUAGAGGGGCUCCUGCAACUGCGGAAUGCCAACCAGACUCUUCUGUCGGCGUUUGAGAACUUGAACUCCUGGACAUCGCGUGCGAACUUGUUUCGGAUGGCGAUAGUGUAUUUCUGUGGCGGAACGUAUUUUGACGCCAAGACUGAGGCCCCGAGCAUGGGGCGCCCACCCGAACAAGAAAUACAAACCCAAAAUUCUUCGGCGAAGGCUUCUGUUUCGGUGGACCGACCUCGUCGUCUAUUAUUCCCUGUUUUAGAUGCUCUUUUCGGGGCAUCAGGAGGGACAGACACACAUACGACGGACGGGAACUCAUUUGAUGGCAUUUCGGCACCGAGCUCGAGCACAACACCACGCGCACCAAAAGGAGAUGUUCUUUUGCAAGAAGGGGACAUCGGAAUGUGCUUGGAUGCUGAGGCAAUUGCACCGUACGGGCGCGAAUGUCUCCAGAGACCACGGAGAGGAAAGCUGCAGAACGCCUUCUUUGCAACGUACCCUCGCAACCCCGCACUCCUUUAUGUGAUGCAGCAGGGAAUUGACAACGUGAUGACCGGGUUCAGAGGGCACACCGACGACUGCGCGGACCACGCGGUCCUAGACACAGCUGGCCCGGGGGCUUUCCUCGAUGGGCUGCUUCGGCAUGACUGCUUCGGGAAGAGAAGCUUGCCGCGCUGUGUGCACGCCUCCAGCGGCUCGCUGCCAAUGCCGCUGAAAUCGGCUGACCGGGCUGGGGGCUCCGAGCGAUUUUUCGUUAUGCUACAUGAACCCUGGGCGAGCGAGCAUUUCGGUGACGUGCUGGCUGCCCGCGGAAGCGAGUCGUCCGGCU